AUGAACGGCACUCCAUAUGAUACCGAUGCUGCAGCUCCCGCCGCUUCGGCCGUGGCCACUGGACGAAAGAAGCUGAUGGGCUACGUCGGUUUUGCCAACCUGCCCAAUCAGGUGCACCGAAAGAGCGUGCGCAAAGGCUUCAACUUCACUGCCAUGGUUGUCGGAGAAUCGGGUCUCGGCAAGUCGACGCUCAUCAACACGCUCUUCAACACUACGCUCUACCCUCGCAAGGAGGUGCCGCCUCCUCAUCAGGAGCGACCAAAGACGGUUGCCAUCGAGUCGAUCAGCUCUGACAUCGAGGAGAACGGUGUUCGUUUGAGACUCAAUGUUGUUGAUACCCCUGGUUUCGGUGACUACAUCAACAAUGACGAAAGCUGGAAACCUAUCGUCGAAAACAUCGAGUCGCGCUUCGAUAACUACCUCGAGCAGGAGAACCGCGUCAACCGCAACAAGCUUCAGGACAACCGCGUCCACGCCUGCAUCUACUUCGUUCAGCCCACCGGCCACAGCCUGCGACCCAUUGACAUCGAGUUCAUGCGACGACUGCACCAAAAAGUCAACCUCAUCCCUGUCAUCGCUAAGUCCGACACGCUCACAGAUGAAGAGAUCGUGGCAUUCAAGCAGAGGAUCCUCAACGACAUUGCCCAUCACAGGAUCGAGAUCUUCCACGCGCCCAUCUACGAGAUGGAGGACGAAGAGACGAUGCUUGAAAUCCAAGAGAUCUCGAGCAAGGUGCCUUUCGCCGUAGUCGGCUCCAACACCGAGAUCGACACGCCGGACGGACGACGCGUGCGUGGCCGAGCCUACCCAUGGGGUGUCAUCGAGGUCGACAACGAGGAGCACUGCGACUUUGUCAAGCUGCGACAAAUGCUUAUCCACACGCACAUGGAGGAGCUCAAGGAGCACACCAACAACGUGCUGUACGAAAAGUACCGAAGCGAAAAGCUGGUGGCCAUGGGCGUCACCCAGGACCACUCGGUGUUCAAGGAGGUCAACCCAGCAGCCAAGAUGGCCGAAGAGCGUGCUAUCCACGAGGCAAGGUUGAGGAAGAUGGAGAACGAGAUGAAGCUCGUCUUCCAGCAGAAGGUGGCCGAGAAGGAGGCCAAGCUCAAGCAGAGCGAAGAGGAGCUAUACGCACGUCACCGCGAGAUGCGCGAUGCCUUGGAGAAGCAAAGGCAAGAGCUCGAAGACAAGCGCCGCAGGCUCGAGAGCGGCCGUCCUCUCACGCCCGAAAAGGUAUCGCAAGCGACCAAGAAGAAGGGAUUCUCGCUGCGAAACUAA